AUGAGGAUGUCUACAUUAGCUAGCUAGAUAGCCAGCUAGUCUUCGGACAGGUUCAUGUGUAACGUUACGUUUAAAGAAGAAUCAUAACGGAAACGUAGUGUGAUGAAUGGGUAUUUUGGUACAACGUUAUGCAUGUGGCUCCGCCUGUGAGCUUGCGCUGUGUAGAGCAACACCGAGAUCCCGCUCGCCCUCAGUAGCCCCAACACCAUAGCACUAGAAAUACCAAAACAGGUGGGAGGGGGCCAGGGAGGACAGAGGAGGUGGAGAGGGAGUGGGAGUGGGUGGAGGUGGGUGGUUGGUGGGUGGUAAGAGAUUGUUGAUGGUGGUGGGCUUUGUGGGCUCUUGCUGACCCUGCCUUGUGACCUGCCCUGUCAGGCCUCCCCCACCCCCUCUUCUCAGCCUGCUGUCGGUCCAUGUUCCCUAUGCUAACCCUGCUGAGCAUGUUCUACUACAUCUGUCUGCGGCGCCGCUGUAGGAGUGGGUCCCGGAGCGAGGCGCUGGGCAGCCGGAGGGCUGUGGAGCUGGCGCAGAGAGCCUCCGGCCCAGCAGGGGGCGGUAGUGUCGGCGGCGUCAGUAGUGGGGGCGAGCUGGAGCAGUACGCCAAGGAGGUGCUGGACUUCAGCUCGCACUAUGGCAGUGAAAACAGCAUGUCGUACACCAUGUGGAACCUGGCCGGGGCGCCCAACGUCUACCCGAGCUCGGGCGACUUCACGCAAACGGCCGUGUUCAGGACGUACGGCUGCUGGUGGGAGCGGUGCCCCAGCGCGGGCGCCCCGUACAGACGCACCCCCAGGUCCUUCCACAGCAAGGACUUCCUGGAGCUGGCCUUCGAGGAGCCCGUGUACCCCACCGCCGUGGAGGUGCUGGAGACCUACCACCCAGGGGCGGUGGUGCAGAUCCUGGCCUGCUCACUCAACCCCUUCUCCCAGAACCCGCCCACGGACGUCCGGUGGGAGGUGCUGUGGUCAGGGGAGCCCAGUAAGGCCCUAGCGCCCCAAUCGCGACAGUUCUCCCCUAACGUCCGGCACCUGAGCUUCCCCACCAACCUGCUGCGGGUGGAGGUCAACAGCAGCCUGCUGGAGUACUACACGGAGCUGGACGCGGUCAUCCUGCGCGGCGUGCGCGAGCGGCCCAUGCUGGCCCUCUACAAGAUCCCCCUCAUCGACAUGAACGACCUGAGCGACGGCGAGGACGAGGCGGUGGCUGUCGGCAGCCAGCGCCACCCGCUGGCCGGAGACGGCAAGUACAACAACACCGGCAACGGCUACUUCGACAAGCUGCCUUACGAGUUGAUCCAGUUGAUAGUGAGCCACCUGACGGUGCCGGACCUGUGUCGCCUGGCCCAGAGCUGUAAGCUGCUGCAGCAGCACUGCUGUGACCCUCUGCAGUACCUGCAGCUGAGCCUGCAGCCGUACUGGGCCACGCUGAGCGACGCCGCGCUGGUCCACCUGCAGCCGCGCUGCACACUGCUGCAGCGCCUCAACAUGAACUGGACCGGCAACCGCGGCGCGCUCACCUCCAGCGGCUUCUGCAGUUUCCUGAAGGCGUGCGGUGGGAGUCUAGUGAGUCUGGAGCUGUCGUGUUGUCACUUCCUGUCCGAGGCCAGCCUGGAGGUGAUCUCUCAGACGUGCCCGGGCCUCCAGGAGCUGAACCUGGCUUCCUGUGACCGCCUGCAGCCCCAGGCCUUCAGCCACGUGGCCAAGCUCAGCGCCCUGCGCCGUCUCGUGCUCUACCGCACCAAGAUAGAGCAAACAGCCUUGCUGAGCAUCCUGACCUUCUGCACAGAGCUGCAGCACCUGAACCUGGGCAGCUGUGUGAGGAUCCAGGACUACGACGUGGUGGCCAGCAUGCUGUCCGUGCGCUGCCGGCGCCUGCGCUCGCUGGACCUGUGGCGCUGCGGCAGCCUGACGGAGCGCGGGCUGGCCGAGCUGGCCGCGGGCUGCCCCCUGCUGGAGGAGCUGGACCUGGGCUGGUGCUCCACGCUGCAGAGCAGCUCGGGCUGCUUCCAGAGGCUGGCCCGCCGCCUGCCGCGCCUGCGCAAGCUCUUCCUCACCGCCAACCGCACCGUCUGCGACGCCGACGUGGAGGAGAUGGCCGCCUGCUGCCCCGCACUGCACCACGUCGACAUACUGGGCACACGGAUGGUGAGCCCCGCCUCCCUGAGGAAGCUACUCCAAUCGUGUCCGAACCUGAAGCUGGUGGACGUGUCCUUCUGUUCACAGAUUGACACCCGGUCUGUACAGGAGCUCUCCGCUCUGUUUCCCAAUGUGGCCAUCAAGAAGAGCUUUACACAGUGACACACAGUGACACACACACACACACACACACACACGUACGUUUUUAAUUAAAACACACUGGCUCUCGUGACCCACCCACACAUGCAGACAUGCUGAAGUGUCCAAUGUAAAUGGACAGCGGCAGCUUCUCCAUGCCUGUGUGAGUGACGUGUGUAUGUGUGUGUGUGACGUGUGUGUGUGUGUGUGUGUGUGGAGAAAGGAUUAAGGUGGGGGUUGGUUGCUUUAGCCAUUGACUCUCGGCUGGGAAGCACACGUUGGACACUGCUGACCGCGACGGUUCCAGACGGCUUUUCUGAUGGGGUCAAAGGUCGCCGACGCAGACGUUGACACCUCACCACAGAUUGCGUUACGUUGGCACCUUGCGUCGCCGGGUCAGGGUGCCCUUCUUAGGCCCGCGGAGGUGAAAUGGCCACUCUGUAAAGAAACCUGAGGGCUGACCUCAGUAGAAAUCCAAAAUCUCAGGGUUUUAUUUCUUUCACUCUGUCUUCUGUUGUUAUUGUUGUUGUUUUUAUUUACUUUUCUGAUGCCCUCUGCUGACUGCUGAGUGCUUUUGAAGGAGAGUGGCGAGUCGUGCGGGCAAGACUGGCUCCAGUGCCACCCACUGCCACCGAUAUUUUUCAUUUCAAAACAGACAAAAGUAAUACGCUUCGACAUUGCAAGAGCCUUUUAGAUAAUGUAUUGGUGUUGAAUGUUUUGAGGGAGGAAAAAAAAAAAAAACAGAAAAAAAUGGAAACACACACAAAUGAUUGUGCACUUGUUAAUUCCAUGUUCAAUAUAUUACAAAAUUAACAAAUCGUCAACAGUACCAAUGUAUGUACACUGUGGUGCAUAUCCAAGGUUUUUUUUGGUAAAACUUGAAGUUUUCAUUUGAUUCUGCUCUGACUUAUAGGUAACGUUUCCCUGUGCCUUAUUUUAAUAACUCCAUGUGGUAUGCCUCUCUAUGCCUAUGUGCGUGUGUAUGCAUGUGUGUGUGUGUGCAACUAGAUACAUUGACAAAUAGUUUUUUGUUUGCCCUAAUCAGACAUCGAAUGGGAACUCAGGGCACAGAGGUAGAUUAGUGUCCUGUUUUUAUAAAUUUAUUUAAAUCCAAGCUCUUCAAAUAUGCAAUGUUUUACUUUCCCGUGGGAGGCCGCCACCACGGCCUCCAGAAACCACUGUCAUGGUGCUUCUGGAUUGCAAGCACAUACACGCUCACACAAAUACAAUCCAACCUUACUGUCAAAGAUAUUCUCUUAAGUUUUGAUAUAUUUAUGUGUGUGUGAGUGUAUGGGGGGUUUGGGGUGGAUGAAGAGGGCAGAAGUGAUAUUUUGUUUAAUUUAUUGAUAUUUUCUGUUGUCGAAAUGGCGUGAUGCCCAGUCAGUGUUGGUCAUGUGAUCGGCAUUGGGCCAUCUGAUUGGUAGUGUUGGGCGUUCAGGAGGAUCUGGACAUCUCAGUUGAAUAAAUUGAGAGUUGAUGAUCAG